AUGACUUACGAUGGAGAGAGGAACAUGACCAACAGUGCAGCUGUGAAGGAGGCUGCAAAAGCUGUCAAAACUGCAAUGACACUUGCUGCAAAGCACAUCGCAGAUGCUCAAAAAGCAGCUAAGCGCGAGCUGGUGUUGGCUCGCAAGGCUGAAGAAGCAGCUGCCAAGAAAGCUGCAGUCAAGGCAAAGUGUUCUGCAGCAGCUGCCAAGCAAGCAGAUGCAGAAGAGAAGGAACAUGUUGCACAAGAGCGCAAAAUUGCAGCGCGAGCAGAGAAAGAACGCAAGCAGCUGGAGAAAGCAUCAAAAACCAUUUGUCAACAACAUGUGGAAAGUGAAAAUGAAGAUUCACUUAAUCACAGCUCAGAAAAUCUCAACCUUGUCAAUGAUAACACCCUCGAACCUCUUCAGCCCUCAAAUAUCUGUCCUCGCCCUCGUCCUCGACCCAUCCUGCACCGAGUGAACAACCCAUUACCUGAUUUGCAACUCCAUGUCCAGAGGCCCAUCAAUGUCCAGAACAGUGUCCUUGAUGGUGAGGAUGAUGUUCAUGCUGCAGCUGCAGCCAAUGCAGACUCUGUCGUCGUUGAUAAAGGGCAGCCUGUGCGACAACGCACAAAACCUUGA